GAGGUGGGGGUAAACACGUCCAGACGGCUCGGAUGAUCACAGCUUGCGCUGGUCCGUGUAUUCGGAACUGAAGUUCAUCAUUUUUACGGCAUAUUAACAGACUCGUGCACAGUGCACAUUGAGUGAACGGCACCGGGCGGCGGAUCUCUCAUCCUCUUUCUCUUCAGCAGGCUGAUAAGGAGACACAGAUGGACAACAGGAACUCGUCUGAUGAUAAGCCCGUUCAACGCUCUAAGUCUUUCAGUUUCAAGACACAGAGCGAAACGUGCGCAUCAUGUGAAAAGACCGUGUACCCAAUGGAGAAACUGGUGGCCAACAACCUCAUUUUUCACAACACGUGCUUUUGCUGCAAGCACUGCAACACCAAACUCAGUCUGGGAUCCUACGCUGCCUUGCAGGGGGAGUUCUACUGCAAGCCGCAUUUCCAGCAGCUCUUCAAGAGUAAAGGAAACUAUGACGAGGGCUUCGGCCGCAAGCAGCACAAGGAGCUCUGGUCCUCCUCCAAGGAUGCUGAGAGCAUCACCAAGACGUCAUAAUCUUCAGUGAUUUCCAAAGCUCAACUGUCCCCUUCUCCUAACCAAUGAUUACGGCCCUUUAUAUACUCUGCCCACGUACACGCUUACACUUAUUUUGAGCACACGGUUGAGUCGGCACUCUUCAUGAUAUCACAAUCGCAGACGCCAACAUUGAUACUGUAGUUUAUAAACUUAUUUUAUUUUUUGUUUAGUUUCUUCCCUACUUAAAAAUCCAGCUAAGACCAGCAUAAGCUGGUGAGCUGGUUUUAACUGGUCAUCUAGCUUUGUUUUAGCUGGUUUUGCUGGUGUAGCAAGCUGGUCACUUUUUAAGCUGGUCUAGCUGGAAGACCAGCUGGCCCACCAGCAUGACCAGCUUUGUCAGGCUGAGAGGAACCGGCUUAAACCAGCUAGUUCCACCUUAAACCAGCUACUAGCUUAUGCUGGUCAGCUGGAUUUUUCAGUAGGGUUCUCAUUUUAAUUAGCCUUAGCUAGUAUCAUAUUAUGUUAAUUUUUUUUUGUAUUUCUUUUAUACCUGAUACUGUGGAGGUAAUCCACUGUGAACGGUUAGUUGAUUGUGACCAACUCUUUUUAAAUCUCCAAUAGCAUUAUUCUUGAUUUUGGCAGUACUAGUAUUGGUUUGUUUGUUUUGUUGUAAGAUUGGUUCUGAGAUGAAAUGCUUGCGUGGUUUAGAUUUUACACUCAGGUAACAAUUCUAGGGUGUUGCAUCAAAGUGAUUCUAAAAUUUUGAUUGUAAAAGUGUUUUUAUGAUUUUGUUAUUUUCCUUUUACUUGUGUUACAGCAAUCAAUACUGAUUUCAGACUAUAUGGCCUAACAGCUUUCAUUUCCGUCUUUAUUUUGCUUUGUUGGCGCAGGGUAUUUUAUCUGUAAAUCUACAGGGUACAGUGUACUGUAAUAACUCUCUUGAGUUUGUUUCAUCCCAUUCCCACUUUUUUGCCCUUUUCUUUUUAGAUAUAUUUAAAAAAUCAUGGGGUUCAUUAUGAAAUGUAAUUUCGUAAGACACAACAUUUCCUUGUGAAAUUUGAGCCAUUGUUAUGCCCAUAUUCCAGUAAAUGGUCAUUACUUUUGGUUCUUCUGUUACUAAAUGCUGAAACGGCAGCAGUCUUUUAUAUUUCUUUUCUGACGCCCUCUAGUGGUUUUGUAUGAUAUUCCUUGUUGGACCCAACAUCAUUAUGGUCUCUUAGCUUUAGUUUCUUGAUGCCAUCUAGUGAUUUUAUAUGUCUGUACAUCUGCUUAUUUUACUCGUUUAGUUUGAGGAAUGACCGCAGAUAAUUUCUGCCGACUGCACAUUAUAAGGUUUUUUGUUCUGUGUGAUUUCUUGCACAGGCAUUUGUACAUUGGUACCACUAAGCAGAGUGAAUGUACUUCGAUGCACUGUACUGUACUUAUAUCUGCAGCAUGGGACCAAGCUUGUACGACAAAUUAAGAUAUUUACAGGGAACUAGGUCUCAGAGGAAAUGACAUUUUUAAGAUGCUUCACGCCAUUGCCUUUCCCCCCUUUCCACCCCUUCCUCUCAUAUAUAUCAUGGUUUUGGCUUUUUCCUGCGGGCAUCUCUGUGACAGGGUUUCGUGGGGACUUUGCGAGUACAUACUUAACAGUGUGGCUCCUAAGCAUUGCUCAGGAAUAUAGAUGGAUCACAAUGAUCCAACUGUGUAAUCCUCAGUGUUUGUUGCUAAAAGCUGUUGGUCACUUGAACUUUUACGUUCAGAUAUUUUUCGCACUCUAAAAUAGGCAAAUUGUAAGUGCUCAUCUGUGAAAGCUGGAGAACAGGAAGGGGGUUACUGUAAAUGUAAAUUUAAAUGAACACUUCCACAUGAGCGGUUUUAUGUGCACAUUUAUAUGUCAGCGUGAAACUGUGACUUUGCAUCUCGUGAUUUGUCACUGUGAUCAUUUUAUGUGACUUUAUAACCUGUGACCUUUAGUGGUUCGUGUAAAAAGAGCAUUGAUGUGAUGUUUCUUUUAAAGAUGCCUCUGUGUUUCAAUUCUGUUGUGUUUUGUAGUAAGCCAAUGGUAAAGACAGGUAUUCUGAUAUGUUAAAUGCCAUAAGGAAGUGGUCUGUUGAUAAUUUUUUUACUAGUUUAGGUUUUCUGAUAAUGGGUUGUGAAUUUGUAGUAUCCUGUCUGCCUUCAAGUGCAAUGGCCUUUUGUUUGUAUGUUUAAGGAGAUGCUAUAUUAGCCAUUGAGAAUCAUCCAAAUGUUUUCAUCAAAUUCAAUGCUACAAAAGUCCCUCUGUAUAUAUAUAUUUAGGAUUACUGUGAAAUUGAUAUGCAUUGUGACAUUUAGAGGAAUUAUCAGCAGGUCUUGAACAGGAAUAAUAUUUUCGUAUUAAGCCUUAAUUUUAGUUUUAAACGCUUCGUGAGAACAUAUUUGUUGUUGUUCUUUUGGCUUCCUAUUAAUAUUUUCUCUAGUUUUAAAUUCUGCAGGUAUUGAAAGUCCUCUUAACACGCUAAAGGAUGCUAGUUUUUAAUGAUUUGGCCAUAUUUUCUUCUCUUUUAUUCUAUAAAACAAACUUUUCAAUGGACGCACAUCACUGUGUUUUACAUCAAUUUUAAAUGUAUUUGCACAAAAGUGUGCCAAGGUACAGAUUACGCAAUUCCCAUGCACACACUUGGAGUCUUUUAUAAACUACCAGAACAAAAAAAGUAUAAAAGGUACGUUUCACUUUGCUGUUUUCUGAUGGAUUUGUAGUUCUUGAAAUGUGUGAGUGUGUCUUUUUAAGCGUAUGGAUAUGUAGGAUUGCAAAAGAUUAAUUUUCAAAUGCAGUUUACAUUGUCCUCAUGCGUUGACUGAGUAGAGAUCAAUGCAUGCAAAGUGUAUUACUCCAAAACUUCAUCAGCAGAACAGGUGGCCUUAAAGCAGAAGGAGGUCUUGGCUCUUUUAUCCUCAUCAGGUUUUAUUUUUGUCUUUGUACUUUUAUCGUCCCUCCAAUUCAACUGCUGUUCUGCCCCUCCUCCCCAUUUUAUUCAGUUGCACAAAUUUUCAUUUUUGUACAUGCUUUUUUGAGAAAAUAAAUAAAUAAAUGGUAUGCUGGUGUUUCA